UUUGCCUUGAGACAGUCUUUAAACCUCUUUUGUUGACCACCAGCGUUACGCUUUCCAUAUCCUAAAGAUGCCACCGUCUCUGCUGGCCUUCAUUCCUAAGGAAACCAAGUGCUGAAACCCCUGGAAUCUCUCGCUGCUUGGAGAUUGGGGUGGCACGUAACAGUAUCUUCGAUGCACGACGCCUGUGUCUGAGCAGGGAUGCUGAGGCAGAAUAAAAAAGCAAACUGUUCCCUGAUGGCAGGAGCAAGAGAGUCUCCACCAUCACAUUCCUGGAGCAAUUGAGCUGAUCUUUUGCGGACCUCGGGGAAAUCAGAGCAAACAGCUGCCUCCCACAUGGAGGAGUUGGCAGUCAUGAGCCGUUCCCCUUGCCCUUUCUCACCGCUGCACUCCAGGACUGGCGCGAGGGCACACAGGGAGCCCCGUCCAGAUCGGCACUUGCCUCUUCCCUUGUCAUGUCGACCCACAUGGACUACAACUCCUGCCCUAGAGAUUGCCCCACCAUGGAUAGCCUAGAAAGGCAGCUCAUUUGCCCCAUCUGUUUGGAGAUGUUUACCAAGCCGGUGGUCAUCCUGCCCUGCCAGCACAACCUGUGCAGGAAAUGUGCCAACGACAUCUUUCAGUCUCGAGGAACAACCUUGGGUUCUGCAGGGAGGUUUCGCUGCCCAUCUUGCCGCCAUGAAGUGGUCCUUGACAGACAUGGCAUCUACGGACUGCAAAGGAACCUUCUGGUUGAAAACAUCAUUGAUAUUUAUAAGCAAGCAUCAGCCAGGGGGCCAGAGAGACCCCCUUUAAAAACCGAGCACCCGAUUUGCGAAGAGCAUGAAGAAGAAAGGAUCAACAUCUAUUGCGUGACCUGCGGGGUCCCCACCUGCUCCCUCUGCAAGGUCUUCGGGGAGCACAAGGACUGCGAAGUGGCGCCUCUCUCUGACAUCUACAUGCAACAAAAGGCAGAGCUGACUGGUGGGAUUGGUGCCCUUGUGGCUGCGAACGACAGGAUCCAAGCCUACGUUGGGGAUUUGCAAGGCUCCUGCAGGAACGUUGAGCACAACUGCAAAGCCCAGAAGCAGGCCCUGUGCGAGAAGUUUGACCGCAUGUGCGCCAUUUUGGAAGAGAGGCGGAAGAUCAUGUUGCAGAGGAUCACCUACGAGCAGGAGGAAAAGAUCCAGCACCUGAAAUCCAUCUGCAAAACAUGUGGCGACCAUAUUGACUCUUCUUCCAAACUGGUGGACACAGCCUUGCAGUCCAUGGAGGAGCCGCAGAUGGCUGUAUUUGUGCAGAACGCCAAAGUUCUCAUCCAGAAGAUCUCUGAUAUGUCUCAGAGCUGCAAACCUGAGAAGCUGGAGUCAGGCUAUGACAACAUGGAUCACUACACAGUCGAUUUCAAUGCGGAAGAACGACUUCUCUACCAGCUGGAUUUUAUCAAAGUUGAAGAAGAGUCUGAGCCAAUGGCAGAGGAAGAUGGCGCCUCUGCCGAGGCUGAAGAUGCUUUGGCAGAGUACGGGGCAGCAGCUGGCGAGGGACGAGAGGACCCUGAGGACUUCUUCACUCCUGGAAAGGAAGAGCAGGCUCAGGGAAGAGCUCCAAUGACAAACGAGAUGCUGAGCAGUGGGGUGAAAGCUACGCCGCAGGCUGGGACAGAAGGCCUGGCUGGCAAAGAGGACAAUUUAUGGGGUGGCCAGCAGCUGGAUGCAGAGCUCCAUCUGACCGGCUCCAGUCCCCCAGCAACCUUGCCAGAAUGCGAUUUACAGGGUAAUGUUCUCAGCCAAGACAUGGGGCAGCCCAAAGUGGAGGUAGCCUCUGGCGAAGCCUUCAGCACCACGGACAGCUCAGCAGAGACCGAGGAGAGCAGAGGCCUGGGCAAUGGUAGGGAAUGCGAAGCUGGUCACGCCCAUCUUCUGAAUGGGAUGGCACCUGCCACCAGCCAGGCUCCUGAAUCCAGUCCCACCGCUGAGAGAUGGAGAAGCGAGGAGAUUACUGAACCUCUCCUCAGCAGCUUCUUCAACCCGACUACACUUUGGCUACACGAUUAAGGAGAGGUAGUGCAGAGGUCCAACUGCACCCUUCAAGAGAAUCUGUCGCUCAGCACACCCGUUGGCUAACCUACUUCAUGAUCAGCAAGGAGGGAGACGCGCCAGUUCAGAGCUCAAGCAAGUGAGCCAGACCACAUACUCAAAAGGACAGCACCCCCUUGGCACUCCCCAGCUUUCCCAUUUCCUCUCCUUUGACUGUCACCCCCCCAACCACAUUCUCACCUUAUUUCUCUCCCACUUUGGUGCUUUCCAAAGAGGAUUAUUAAAUUCAGGAUGGUGCAAA